AAACUGCAGCUGUUGUUACGGUCUAUGAUCAAUACAAUGUGUUCUACUAUUUGUGGAGUUAGUAAAAUUACUAAUAUGUACAUGCUUUAUUUAUGCACUGCAGAUUAUAAGAGCUAGAAAACUACUAUUGGAGGACUCCAGUAUAAAACAAUAAAGAUACUAUUAGCUUGUUCAUCUAAGCAAAGAGAGAAAGCAAGGAGGAAACAGUUUGCAUUGCUGUUAUUUAAGCUACUUUGCGCACUUGAAGUUGUCAAGUUGGUCGAAGGGCAGCUUGUCUUGUCAGGUUAGCACAUAAGGCAAUCGAACCACUUCCAAAGAGCCAAGGAAGAGAUUGUUCAUAAUGGAACCUAUACAAAACAAUGAAGGUCGUACGCCAUUUGCAGACUUGACAAACUCCAUUAAUGGAGCUGUUCAUACAACAUCAAAUUCACAAGUGCAAGCUGAUGAACGUGUGCAACGUAAAAGGGAAAGAGAAAAGGCAAGACAUGCAACAAUGACUCAAGAACAAAGGGAUGAAAAAAAUAAAAAACGUAGAGAAAAAUAUCAUCAAAAAAAGGCAGAAACUUCACUAGCUGCUGGGUCCAGAGAUGGAUUUAAAUCAACCACGGAAAACACCAAUGGCUAUGAAGAUAGUGACUGGCUACAUCGAGACAAUUCAUAUAAACCCAUGCCGAGUGAUAAAGAAAACACAUAUAAUUACUCCGAUAGAUGUGUAGAUCAAAGUGGCAUGCUUGACUUGACUGCUGCAUCACCUGAUCUAAACCCAGGUACAUUAUUUUUUUUAUUAAUGUUAUCUAUUUGAGAAGAAAAAAUAGAGUGGCCAACCCAAUUGCCAUUCAUGACAAUGUAACACGGAAUUAAUGUACCUCUAUAAUAGAUUGGAAAUCAUACUUUUUUUUAUUAUAUAUAGGUGUUGUCAAUACAUCCAGUCCCAUCAAGGACAUUGUCACGUGUCUAAAAGAGCGUAAGCGCGAGCUAGAUAGAGCACGAAGGGCUGCAAUGUCUCCUGAACAAAAGGUGCUAAUAAAUAAGAGACGACGUGACUCGUAUGCGGCAAAAAAUGCACGGAUAGCCGCUGCAAGAAAACUGCAAAUGACUCCACAAGAAAAGAAGGAGAAACGAAAAGAGAGCAAGAAAAACUACAAUAGGAUGGUGAGGGAAAAUCGGUCCAACAGUUUGCAUCUGGACUCAAUUGCUAUGGAGAGCCCUCACUUCAACCCUCAAAUUGUUUUCCGUGCUUCACCUCAAUCGCCUGAAGCGCCUUUAGAUGAUAUGGAAAUACCUGAAUUCGGUGGCACGCCUGUCCACAUUGCACCAACUGUAGUUCAAAAUCCAGAAGUCGAGACCCCUGAAUUGGUAGCGGCACAGACCAUACAUAGACAUCGAGUGACCAAUGGCGAGAGAAAUGCCCUUCUAUCCCGUCGCAAUCGGGUUUUUGAAGCAAACAUUGGAGGAAGGGCUAGAGGGUGUGCGGAUGGAAAAUGCAACGAUUCGAACGGACUGACUCAACCGAGUGUUGUUUGCAACGAUGGUGUCACCCAACAAACUCCAAUUCAAGCACCUAAUAAUUGUAUAGGCACACAAACACAACCGUCUGUAGCUGACGGUACCUCUUCAAUGCCUCCAUAUAGUGCACAAGAUCAUACAUCAGACUCUAUGGUCGAGGAUGACUAUGACGAAGAUGUCAUAUUUGAGGAGGACGAGGAAGAGGAUGAGGCAUACUUUUUCGCCGGUCAAGAAGACGAGGAUGAGGGAACCGAUGUCGACACAUAUGAGCAAGAGAAUCAUGAGCCUGAUGUCCCAGAUCCAUAUGACCGGGUCUAUGCUAAUGUCCCAUCAGAGUCGCACAUGUUACCCUCGGUGCCGAACUGCAAGCACUGUAACGCAAAGAAAUUUGAUGGCGAACCCCCCGGAUUCUGUUGUAGGGGUGGAAAGAUUCAUCUUUCAAGUCCUGAGACACCACCAGAGCUCAUGAGGUUGUGGUCAAGCUCGGACGCUGAUGCUAGGCACUUUCGUGCAAACAUCAGAUACUUCAACGGCCACUUCUCUUUCACGUCUUUGUACUGCCACCUGGAUCGUAUCACCACUAACAUGCGAAUCUGUGGUGUCUACACAUUUCGUGCCCAUGGUCAGAUUUACCAUAACAUACGAUCAUUUGGUAAAGAGGAGGGUGUCGAAAAAAGACACCUCGAACUUUAUUUUUAUGAUGACGACCCAUCCCUCGAGCAUCGCAUGAGCAAGUGUCGUGAGCAAUGCGCCCAAAAAGAUAGAGAAGUUAUACAACAAUUGGUUGGGAUCCUUGAAGGGAAUCCUUACUCUCAGCAACUAAGGAGUAUGGGUCAUGUUGAAAACCUCGAGGAUUACCGAGUUGAGCUGAACCUUGACCAACGCCUUGAUCAAAGAACAUAUAAUGUGCCGUUGACAUCAGAGGUGGCCGCCGUAUGGGUUGAGGGUAGUGAGCGUCAUGGCCAAUUCGAGCAUAGUGUUCUCCUCCAAGGGAAGGAUCGGUCUAUACAUGGCAUCCGCUCAUAUAAUGCAUGCUACGACUCACUAUCAUACCCGUUGUUCUUUCCAAAGGGUGAGCUCGGGUGGCACAAUUGCAUUCCAAAAGUGGGUGUAACUAUGGCUCAAAUUGAUCGAGCUCGAGCAACCCGUAAAAGGCGUGCUGAGAAUGGUGACGACGAUGGAGGUAAAUUGAUCUUUUUUCAAUUAUGCAAAGUAAACUCUUUCUGCAAACUCAUGAUACUAAUUCAAACAAUGUCUCUCUUAAAGUAUUUGUUCAAGUACAUAUACAAGGGACAUGAUAGGGCAUCAGUUGUGAUGAGGGAGACCGACAAAGAGGACGGGAAAGGAAACAUUGAUGAGAUCAAACAGUAUAGAGACGCCCGUUGGGUGACGCCUCCAGAAGCACUAUGGAGGAUAUAUGGCUUCGACUUGAGCAAGAACCAUCCGCCAGUACAGCAGCUGCAACUUCAUCUACCCGACAUGCACAUGGUGGCAUUUCAUAAACGGGACAAGGUCGAAAAGAUCGUUAAUAGGCCAGGUGUAGAAGAGUCAAUGUUGACAGCAUACUUCGAUGCAAACAGGCAUGAUGAGGAAGCUCGCAAAAUCUUAUAUCGAGACUUCCCAGAGUAUUUUACCUGGCAGUCUGAUGGUAAAUUCUGGCAAAAAAGGAAAAACUCUGUUUUCCAAAUUGGUAGAGUCAUCUCGGCCCAUCCUGCCGAGGGUGAACGCUACUUUCUUCGUGUUCUCUUGAACAAUGUUGUUGGUGCUACCUCAUAUGAACACCUCAGGACAAUUGAUGGGGUGCUACUACCUUCGUUUCGUGAAGCUGCAGAAAGGAGGGGUCUAAUCGAAGAGGAUAAUACCCUAGAUGAAUGUCUAACGGAAGCUACUUUGUUCGAGAUGCCUAGCUCUCUAAGAAGGCUAUUUGCAACAAUAUUGGUAUUCUGUGAACCGCAUGAUGUGAUGGGGUUGUGGACAAAACACUACGAUGCAAUGUCAGAGGACUAUAGCCGCAAUAAUCCAUCCUCAGAUCUCGUGCAACAAAUGGUUUUGAUAGACAUUAGAAACAUGUUGCAGUCUAUGGGAAAGGACAUAAGGUCAUUUCCUCUUCCAGAUAUUGAUCACUCAUAUGAUGAUGCCAGCCAUAUACCUCGUGAGAUAUUUGAGGAAGCUAGCGUUGAGCAGAAUCCUCAAGAUGUGCUAUUGUGUGACUCACUCAACGUCGAGCAAAAGUCUGCCUACAAUGAGAUAAUGGCAGCUGUCUAUAGCAAACAAGGUGGGCUAUUCUUUGUGGAUGGACCUGGUGGGACAGGAAAGACAUUUUUGUAUAGGGCACUGCUCGCAAAACUACGUAGCCAGGAUAAGCUUGCCGUUGCCACAGCUACAUCUGGGGUCGCAGCGGCCAUAAUGCCAGGUGGGAGGACAGCCCACUCGCGUUUCAAGAUACCCCUAACUCUUCAAGAGGGCGGUUGUUGUAGCUUCACGAAACAGAGUGGUACUGCCAAGUUGUUGCAGCAAGCAGCUCUCAUAAUUUGGGACGAGGCAUCUAUGACAAAGAGGCAAAAUUUGGAAGCACUAGACAAUAGCCUACGUGAUAUCAUGGGUCGAUCACACCUACCCUUUGGUGGGAAGACUGUUGUCCUUGGUGGGGAUUUCAGACAAGUCCUCCCUGUUGUGCGGAAAGGAUCUAGGGCUCAAAUAGUCGGUGCUUCUCUACGAAGGUCGUAUCUUUGGGAAUCCAUGCGCCACCUAAAGCUCGUUCGCAACAUGAGGGCUCAGAGUGAUCCGUGGUUUGCGGAUUAUUUGUUGCGCAUUGGUGGUGGAACGGAAGAGGUUAACGGAGAUGGCAAUGUUCGUAUUCCAGAUGAGAUCUGUAUCCCGUACUCUGGUGAUGCCGAGAAAGAUCUUCAUAGUCUGAUUGACAGCAUCUUCCCAAAUCUGAAUGCAAACAUGGCGGACAAAGACUACAUCACCACCAGAGCGAUUUUAUCUACACGCAAUGAUUGGGUGGACAUGAUCAAUAUGAAAAUGAUUGAUAUGUUCCAAGGUGGUGAGACGGUGUAUCAUAGUUUUGACACCGCGGUAGAUGAUCCACAUAAUUACUAUCCAUCGGAGUUUCUUAAUAGCCUGACCCCCAACGGGCUGCCACCACAUGUCUUGAAGCUCAAGCUCGGGUGUCCUGUCAUAUUGCUUAGGAAUAUUGACCCCGCCAAUGGGUUAUGCAAUGGUACAAGGUUGGUGGUACGGGGGUUCCGAAGAAAUACAAUCGACGCUGAAAUCGUUGUCGGGCAGCAUGCUGGGAAGCGGGUAUUCCUUCCUCGAAUACCGUUAUGCCCGUCUGAUGAUGAGAUGUUCCCAUUCCAGUUUAAGAGAAAGCAGUUUCCUAUCAGGCUGAGCUUUGCCAUGACGGUCAACAAGUCACAGGGCCAAACCAUCCCGAAUGUGGGUGUGUACCUGCCUGCACCGGUCUUCUCUCACGGCCAGUUGUACGUUGCGAUGUCUAGAGCCACAUCAAGAACAAAUAUUAAGAUCCUGGCCCUACCAGCUGAUGCAGAGGCACAAGAGGAGGAGGCAAAAAAUAUAGAGAAGAAAAAUGCUAAAAAAAUACCAUGGGAAAAAAGCCUAAGAAUGUGUUAUUAAAUAAAAAAGAUAAGGAUAAGAAGACCCUAACAACGGAUGGAACUUUCACAAAAAAUAUUGUAUAUAAGGAGGUCCUAACGCCAUAGAUGAGGUAUUUUCAAUUGGCUUAUCAGACUCUACAGGGAGAUGUUCUAUACAUAUACUCAAAUGUGUGACAGGAUGGUAUGGAGAUGCGGCGAAACUUAUUUGUGGAUUUACUAGCGCACGAAAGAAAUGGAUAUCGAAGAUUUCUUCCUGCCGAUAUUAAACAUUAUCUUGGUCGUAUCACCGAAAGGUCUAUAAAGUAGAAUUUGUGACUUAUAACAUCAUGCUCUCCGUGACUAUGUUUGAGUUCAGAAACUUUGCUUCUUUAAGAUAAAUAUCACUUUAUAGCUGGUAUUUAAGUUUUAUUAUAAUAUUAUUAUCUUAUUGUGCGAUACGUGUAUUUUUAAUAAAAA